GCCGUUGGACGUGACACUGCAUCGGAGCCCUCAUUCUUCAGGUCGACACAAACUCCAACGCUGCUCAGAGCGAUGAACAACAGGCAACCAGCUCGUGCCUGUGCGAGAUCUCUCCUGCCCUCGGAUCAAACCCUCAUCCGGGGGUAGACCGCCUUGAAACGAGUCGACUCAGCAUUUGGCAAGGCAUCCUGCCAGCUGCAUCCUCACGCCGAAGAGAUGACCAUCUUGAUGCAGUUUGCUGUGGAAAAUCUGCAAGGUUCGGUAUGCCCAGGCCCCAAACCAACAUGUCGGGAUGGCAGCCAUGGGCGCACUCGGGCACAUGCUCGCUGGCCGUCUCGAGACCAGGGCUGCUAAUUACAGCAUCAUGCAUCCGAGCUUUCGGUCAUCGCACAGCCGCCUCCAGCAUUUCCCAUCUAUAUCGCCAUGCGAGGCUAUCAAACGAUACAGGAGCAACAGGAGUCUCCCGACUAACACGAUAUGUGCGGAUACCUUUACACCCAAUUUGCCAAUUGCACGCCUACGAGCUCCACACCAACAGAUUCGGGCCCGAUCGCACCCCGGUGAUCGUCGGUGCCUCCCUUGCACAGAUGCUUGUCGAGGGCCACCCAAUCGCAUCUCUCCGUCUCGAGGACACGAGGACAUGUCACUGCAGGAUCAUGGAGAUUGUGCACUGUGGCACAAGGCCAGAAAAAGCAAGCAAGUGAUGGUCAGCACACACAGCCCGGGGAAUUGGGUGAUCGGGCGCCGCCUGCAAGAUGGACGUAAAUUUGCGGCGUCCGCCUCGCUCGAGAUUUUGACAGCUCUUAAGAUCUGGCACCUGUCACACAUGGGGACAAUGUCAAUGGGCGACAGGCGACCGGGGUUGCCCGCCCACAUCACAAGAGGGUCAUCAUCGGCCGCCCCUUGUCGUGCAGUGACACUCCAGCCAUGCCAGUAAAACAGGGUGAAACCACAUCAACCAACUAACUCUGCACA